GACAACUUCACGGUUGGCCGCACAUCUAAUGACAUGCACGCCUCGUCAGAUGUUCCAUUCAAGUUCUUUACUCUGCCAACUGGCCAGAAAGUCAACGAGAGUGCCUUCGAGAAAGCCACGGCCUAUUUCCACAAGACUGAACGUCCGCCAAUCUGUCCAUUUGGACAAGAGCGAAAGGUACAGGUGGGAAUGGAGCAAUGGAAGAAAUGGUGGCUAUUCCUGCGCUACAUCCGCCACCGACAUCCGGUCACGGAAGACACAUUGCACCUCCUCUCUCUUGGCAGUCUCCAUCCUGGUAGCCAUGUGGGGCGGUGGCGCGAUCCACGCUUCAUCAACAAUGUCGGCAACACAAGUUGCAAAACGCAUUUGGCAAGCAGCUUAUCGGGAACGCCACCCAUCUUACGUCGAUCUGGUCUGCCCAGCUGCAACGAGGGCCAUGAGAGACAUCAUCAUCCGGAGAGCGGCCUUUGUGCACUGUGUCUGGAAGCUUCAGCGGUCUCGUCGUUUCAGCGAGGUCCAGCUGGAGGCAAUCACGGAUCGCGACAUUGGUCGGCGCAUAAGACAAAGGGUGUUUUAGCGGGUAUGCCUGCAGGAAAGGAGCAGCUUGCUGGUUCAAGCCCUGGAGGAGAAUCCCGCACUGUUCGUCUGUCCACAGACGUUCGUGAAGUCAUUCAUUUCAUCCUACCAUUUACAUUCUAG